AUGUUGUUUACGGACGAAGGGCGGCAAACUUGGUACAAUGUGAAAUAUGUGAGGAAAGGCCGGAUUAAACUGUCACUUUUGACGCGAAACGGGCUAUUGAUAUACAUUUACUGUGAUCCAAAUGAACACAAAGUUGGCGAUGAAGUGUACGUACUUAGAGCGAUUUGUCCAAAAGGCUAUUUUGGAAAUGUUGGGAAUGGCGGCGUAGCUGAAUGUCUCCUUUGUCCUGAGAAUACUUUCCAACCAUUAGCUGGACAAUUCGAGUGUUUGCCCUGUCCAACGGCAACCUUCACAGAAGGCCGUGGGAAAAUUGAUCGGAGUGAUUGCAAAUCAGUUACAAAACCUACUAGAACAAAUGAAGAGAAAUCCACUGCAUUCCAAGAAACCAACACGCUCUCAAAAAAACAACAUUACGUUGUUACAGAGCCUGCGGAAAUUAGGAAAGAGGACGAUGACGAAGGACUAGGUCACGUCGUAACUAUUGGAAUUACUUUUGGUUGUAUCGCAGGUUUAACGCUCCUUUUCGUACUUCUUCUGCUGUGGUAUCGAAGAGAAAAAUCCCUAAAAAAAGGUCAGAAUAACAGGGAUGAUUCAUGUAAAAAUGGAUGUUCAGACAAUGGUAAAAUUGAUGGCGAAGAGGAAUUGAGAACAUUUAAUAAUUUUGGCUAUGCACACGAUUCAGACAUUAACACCUUGAAGUCAGGUUCCGAGGUGGAUAACGAUGUAUCUGGGGUUACUCGAAAACCAAAGAGUGAAGAAAAAGUAAGAGGCUUCAAAUUUAAAUUACCAUUCACGAAGAGAGAGUACAAAGUACACCAAACCAGUAAGAAAAACGCGCAUGUGAACUACAGCAAGAAUAGAGAUUCAACUCCAAGUCAAUCCGGUAUAGAGGAGCAUUACGACACCUUUAAAAUGGCAGAGAGCGGUACAACAGGAGAUAUUUACUCAAAGAAGGCUGAAGGCAAUUUAGAUGAUGAAAAGGAAAAGCCAAGCAAUGAGCUACAAAUGAUCCCCAUUGCGAUUGAAAAUGAGCUGUAUGGUACGAAAGGUGAAUGCUUUAUAGACUCGAUAUAGUUCGUUCUAGAUAAGGAGCGAUAUGAUUAUCACGAGGUGCUGAACGUAAUUGGUUAUAUGAUUAAAGAGACAAAUAAUUUAGUGAAAAAAGGAAUUGGGUGUAUCAAUCUGUAGUAAUAAUUAAGUAAUGUUUAGUCUGGUUUAAAUUAAAAUGCCUGAACUGUCUGGUUCCAUAUCAAUUGUCAUUACGUCAUUGCUAAUGCCCUCUGCGGUGUGACCUACUUUACUCACUAAUUUGGGAUUUGUGUUUUACAA